ACAACAGAAUUGUGUUGAACAUCGGGAAUACUUUUUAGACAGUGUUUUUUUAACGACAGACUGAAUAACAGUGUUUCUUUAUAUGAUUUGUAAUAAAGAAAUAUCUAAAUGGAGACACAAAGCAAUGUUAUAAGGCUGUCGAAGGAAGAUAUUCCGUUAAUAUCGAAACCGCGAAAUGACAACUCGUGGACAAGAUGUUGCACCUGGAUGUGGAGGAGAUGUUGUAGAGAACGUGAAUUAAGAGCUAGAGUUAUUCACAUUGGUCAACCAAUGCAUGAAAAGUUCCCUACUAAUGUCAUAAGAAAUCAGAAAUACAAUAUUGUCACAUUUUUGCCUAUGGUUCUUUUCCAACAGUUUAAAUUUUUCUUAAAUCUGUAUUUUCUGCUUAUGGCCAUAUCUCAAUUCAUACCAGACAUACGAAUAGGAUAUUUGUAUACAUAUUGGGGACCUUUAUGUUUUGUGUUAACUGUUACAAUUUGUCGAGAAGCAAUUGAUGACUUUAGACGAUAUAAAAGAGACAAAGAAGUAAAUGCACAAAAGUAUCAUAGAUUAGUGAAAGGGUUUGAUACUCCAGAAUUAGUACCAAGCUCUAAAUUGCGAGUGGGUGAUCUGGUAAUUGUGGAAAAAGGUCAAAGAGUACCAGCUGAUUUGGUUUUAUUACGAACAACUGAAAAGUCUGGAGCAUGUUUUGUGAGGACAGAUCAAUUAGAUGGAGAAACGGAUUGGAAGUUACGUUUGGCCGUACCGGCGACACAAAAGUUGGAAAAUAAUUCUCAACUCUUUGAUAUAAAAGCUAGCAUAUAUGUUGAGAAACCACAGAAAGACAUUCAUAGUUUUAUUGGAACAUUUACAAGGUAUGAUGGAUACAGCAGUGAAGAGAGUUUAGGAGUAGAUAACACUCUAUGGGCGAACACAGCUAUUGCUUCGGGUUCGGCUCUUGGUGUUGUAGUAUAUACAGGGCAGGAAACUAGAUCUCUUAUGAAUCAUUCCGCACCACGAUCAAAAGUUGGCUUAUUAGAUCAAGAAAUAAAUCAAUUGACAAAGGUCUUGUUCUGUGCUGUGAUUGGAUUGGCAUUAGUAAUGAUGUCUUUGAAGGGAUUCAGUGGACCAUGGUAUCGUUAUAUGUUUCGUUUCGUCUUGUUGUUCUCUUAUAUAAUACCAAUCAGUUUAAGAGUGAAUUUAGAUAUGGGAAAAGCAUUUUACGCGUGGUGUAUACAGAGGGACAAAGAAAUUGCCGGAACCGUCGUAAGAACCACUACCAUCCCAGAAGAACUUGGUCGUAUCUCGUAUUUGUUAAGUGACAAAACUGGCACAUUGACACAGAAUAAGAUGGUAUUCAAAAAAUUACAUUUAGGCAUGAUAUCCUAUGGACAAGAAACAUUUGAUGAAGUCAUGACCGUAUUAAAAACGUGUUAUUCUACUAAUUCCGAAAUUUCUCCAAUAAAACCACCGGCAUCUGUGCACAGUGGAAAAGUAAGAAGAUCCGAAAGUACUAGAAUAUACGAUGCAGUGCAUGCUUUAGCAUUAUGUCAUAAUGUCACGCCGGUUUACGAUGAAGUAAAUAAUAAAUCGACCAAUCUGGACACAGUAAGUGUGGAAACAGGAGAAACAGGAGAAACAGGAGACUCCGGUUCCAUUCAAAGUCAAACAGAAGCAGAUCAGCACUAUUACAUGCCAGAACAAAAACGUAAUUACCAGGCAUCCAGUCCGGAUGAAGUAGCAUUGGUUAAAUGGACGGAAGAAAUGGGAUUAGCUUUAGUGAAGCGUAACUUAAAUUUUAUGCAGUUGAAAGCUCCAAAUGGAAAAAUCUUGAACUACACAAUUUUACAAAUAUUUCCAUUCACAUCAGAGACCAAACGAAUGGGGAUAAUAGUGAAAGAAGAAUCUAGUUCUGAAAUAGUAUUCUAUCUUAAAGGAGCGGACGUGGUAAUGUCCGGAAUAGUGCAGUACAAUGAUUGGCUCGAAGAGGAAUGUGGUAAUAUGGCUCGAGAAGGUCUGAGAACGUUAGUCGUUGCGAAAAAGAAUCUAACGGAAGAGCAGUAUCUCGAUUUUGAAGCAAGGUAUAAUUCAGCAAGAAUGAGUGUCAGUGAUCGCGGUUCAAGGGUUGCCGCUGUUGUCGAAAGUUUGGAAAGAGAGAUGGAAUUGUUGUGUGUAACCGGCGUUGAAGACAGGUUGCAAGAUAGAGUAAGGCCUACAUUAGAGGUACUAAGGAACGCUGGAAUUAAGAUUUGGAUGUUAACGGGCGACAAAUUGGAAACAGCAACUUGUAUAGCAAAAUCGUCGCGGUUAGUUUCACGGGCGCAAGGUCUUCACGUUUUUAAAUCAGUGGUAACUCGCACGGACGCGCAUUUGGAAUUAAAUACGUUUCGUAAGAAGCAAGACUGUGCCUUAGUUAUCAGUGGCGAUUCUUUAGAGGUGUGUUUGCAAUACUAUGAACAAGAAUUCUUGGAACUGGCAUGCGGCUCACCGGCUGUUGUUUGCUGUCGAUGUUCACCCACGCAAAAAGCCGAAGUUGUCAGCCUUAUCCAAAGACACACCGGUAAAAGAACCGCAGCUGUUGGUGAUGGCGGUAAUGAUGUAUCUAUGAUACAAGCAGCAGACGCUGGUAUAGGUCUUGAAGGACUUGAAGGAAGACAAGCAUCCUUGGCCGCAGAUUUUUCUAUUUCCCAGUUUAGUCAUUUGGCUAAUCUCUUGUUAGUUCACGGACGCAGAAGUUACAAACGUUCUGCUGCUUUAAGUCAAUUUGUUAUUCACCGGGGUUUAAUUAUUUCCACUAUGCAAGCUGUGUUUUCUGCGGUCUUUUAUUUGUCAUCAGUAUCCUUGUAUCAGGGAUUUUUAAUGGUCGGCUACGGAACAAUAUAUACGAUGUUUCCCGUGUUUUCUUUGGUACUAGACAAAGAUGUGUCGGGAAAAAUUGCACUGACUUAUCCGGAGCUUUAUAAAGAACUUAGUAAAGGUCGGUCGUUGUCUUAUAAAACCUUCUUCAUGUGGAUUUUAAUAAGUAUAUAUCAAGGUGGUGUUAUUAUGUACGGCGCGCUUAUAAUGUUUGAAGAUGAAUUCAUUCAUAUAGUGGCCAUAAGUUUCACAGCGCUUGUCUUGACGGAAUUAAUUAUGGUAGCGUUAACGAUUAGAACAUGGCAUCACAUUAUGAUACUUGCAGAGAUUUUCUCACUGGCGCUUUAUUUAUUAUCUCUAGUCGUUCUCAAAGACUAUUUCGAUGCCGAAUUUAUCAAGACCACUGGCUUUUUGUGGAAAGUAUUGCUAAUAACUUUGAUUUCUUGCAUGCCACUGUACAUCUUGAAGUUCUUGCGAAAAAAAUUCUCACCCCCUAGUUACACCAAAUUAUCUUAAAUUUUGUGUAUAGCACAAGUUAUUUUCGUAACUUGUCACGAAAAAUUGGAAAUCUGGUCUGUAUCAAGGAAGUGGUAUAAAAAACACGUUUGCAAAAUUAAUUAACGAUUCGAGAUUUUGCUCGGCAUAAAGUAAAUAAAUUUGCAUUUCUUCAUAAGUUUCCGCGCUAUUUUUCUAACUGUUCUGCAACUAU